AUGCCCUACACGCCAGCAGGCUUUUUUUGUGACCGGCUAAUCCGGCAAAGAGAGAGAAAGGAUGGAGAAGGAUCUGUGAACAAACCUCUUCGAUUCAGUGGCCAGGACUUUAAGACUCUAAAACAGGAUUGUCUUCAGAAAAAGGUGCUAUUUGAAGAUGAUACAUUCCCAGCCUCUGUGGACUCUCUGGGUUACAAGGAACUGGGCCACAAGUCCAGCAAAGUCAAGAACAUUGUCUGGAAAAGACCUAAGGAUAUUUGUGAUAAUCCACAGUUCAUUGUUGGAGGUGCAAGCAGAACAGACAUCUGUCAGGGAGACUUGGGAGACUGCUGGCUGCUUGCUGCCAUUGCUUGUCUUACUCUGAAUGAUAAGCUCCUGUAUCGGGUUGUUCCUCAAGAGCAGAGUUUUUCUGACAAUUAUGCAGGAAUCUUUCAUUUCCAGUUCUGGCGUUAUGGUGACUGGGUGGAUGUUGUUGUUGAUGAUAGAAUCCCUACCAUCAAUAACCAGCUAGUGUUCACCAAGUCUGCUGAGAGGAAUGAGUUCUGGAGCGUUCUUCUUGAGAAAGCAUAUGCCAAACUGCACGGUUCCUACGAGGCUCUGAAAGGUGGAAACACUGCCGAGGGGAUGGAAGACUUCACUGGAGGAGUAACUGAGUUCUAUGAAAUGAAGGAGGCACCUAAAGAACUUUACAAGAUCAUGAAGAAGGCCUUGGCUCGAGGAUCCCUCAUGGGUUGCUCUAUCGAUGCUUUGGUCCCAGCCCGCCUGGAGACACGCACUGUGACUGGGCUAGUAAAAGGUCAUGCCUACUCUGUAACUGCUGUGGAUGAGUGUAAACAGAGCAUACAAAAAGAAUCUAAAGUGCGCCUGGUGCGUCUCCGUAAUCCAUGGGGCCAAGUGGAGUGGAACGGACCUUGGAGUGAUAACUCAAAGGAGUGGGAAACCAUCUCUAAGGAAGAGAAAGAAAAACUGCAUCAACAGAAUGCUGAAGAUGGAGAGUUCUGGAUGUCCUUCAAUGAUUUCAUGAAGAACUACACCAAGAUAGAAAUCUGUAACCUGACCCCUGAUGCACUGGACGAUGAUAAGCUCCACAAGUGGACGGUGUCUGUGAAUGAGGGCCGCUGGGUAAAAGGCUGCUCUGCUGGAGGCUGCAAAAAUUAUAUGGACACCUUCUGGACAAACCCACAGUACCGCCUUCGCCUCCAAGAAGAGGAUGAUGACCAGGACAACAGUGAGGUGGCCUGCUCCUUUGUGGUGGCUCUCAUGCAGAAAAACAGAAGAAAAGAACGCAAACUUGGUGCCAACUUAUUCACUAUUGGAUUUUCCAUUUACGAGGUGCCAAAAGAGAUGCAUGGUAACAAGCAGCACAUGCAGAAGGAAUUCUUUCAGCUGAACACAUCCAAAGCUCGCUGCAAAGCCUACAUUAACCUGAGGGAGGUGACGCAACGCUUCAGACUGAGCCCUGGGGAGUAUGUCAUUGUGCCUUCCACCUAUGAGCCCCACCAGGAAGGCGAGUUUCUCCUCCGUGUCUUCUCUGAAAAGAAGAACGUCUCUGAGGAAAUAGAGAACAGGAUUGCAGCUGACCAUCCAGUGCCGGCCCCAGCCUCAGCGGGGGAAGAGACUGAAGAGGACCAACAGUUACGCACCAUUUUUCAGCAGAUAGCUGGGGAUGUGAGUACUAGGAAGACAAAAAGCUCUGGGUGGGCAGAAACGGAGAUCUCAGCUAACAAUCUGAGAAAUGUCCUGAACAGGGUGUUGGCUGAGUACAGGGACAUGGAUAAAGAGGGCUUCAGUCUAGAGAGCUGCCGUAGCAUGAUUGCCUUUAUGGAUAUGGAUGGAACAGGACGACUUAAUCUACAGGAAUUUAAGCAACUGUGGAAUAAGAUCAAAAAGUGGCAGGAAAUAUUUAAGCACUAUGAAGCUGAGCAGGCUGGCUUCAUCAGCAGCUAUGAGAUGAGGAAUGCCAUCAAUGAUGCUGGGUUCCAUCUUAACAACCCACUGUACAACGUCAUCACAAUGCGUUACGCCAAUGAGAACAUGAACAUCGACUUCAAUAGCUUUGUUAGCUGUCUUGUGCGUUUGGAGGGGAUGUUCAGAGCUUUCCAGGCUUUUGAUCAGGAUGGAGACGGCUCUAUCAGGCUGUCUGUACUGGAGUGGCUCCAGCUGACUCUAUAUGCCUAAACACACUCAGGAUCCAAGUGAACACAAGAACAGGACCAGAACCACCAGCCUUUACCUCAAACUCAGUGUGCAAAUCCUAUUCCUUUGUCUUUUUAGCCAGAGUUGUUUACAAUCUUCACCUAAAUGAGUCAUUACUAAACUUUAUCACCAUUCCACAUUCUGGAGAGUUUCACAGAGUCCAGAGAACAGGUAAUAUGGCAGUCACGUAGUCAUAGGCUAGAUGUCAACAUCUCUUCAACAGGUUGAAAGCAGGUUUUAGACUAGCUUGGAGGUAUUGCAGUACUGAUGUCUCUUGAUUGACGAGUCCUGAGGCUCAUUUUCCAUGUACUCAGUGGCACCAUUCAACUCUAGAACUCUGUUUUAAGCUAUUAACUCCUUUACAUUAUUUACAUUACGUUACUGCAGCUACCUUUUUCUGUUGUUCAUACUCCUUCCAUUUUGUUCUCCUUUUGGCCUCUUCUUAUCUCUUUCUCACCCAUUUACCCACACCGGAAACCUCUUGCUUCCUGUCACAAAAGAGUACCUCAGAUUUUUCUUUAAAUACCUCUGCUCUGUUUUGUUUCUUUUAUCAGCUGGAAACAACAAUGAAAUCCAUAAACUUGAAUUAAUGAUCAGUUUUCACACACACACACACACACUUCGUAAUAGCCACCUUUCAGGCUAGUGCACAUUUGUUGUUGGAAGAUUCCUCCGUACAUGUUUCCAUGCGCCUGUUACUAAGUUGUUUGGUGGAAAAACAUUAAUAGCUAGAGGAAAUACCUAACAGAACCCACCAACAUGCAGAACUGAAAUGUGUUCAGGGUUUGUUUCCGCUGCAUAU